AUUCCCAGCUCUUCCCCCCUCUCUCUCUCUCUCAGCCUCUCUCUCUCUCUCUUUCUCUCUCUCUCUUCCUCGCUCCCUCUCUUUCUCUCCUCCCUCUGCCUUCCCCGUGCAUAAAGUCUCCGUCGCUCUUGGAACUUGUUGGCAAUGCCUAUUUUUCAGCUUUCCCCCGCGUUCUCUAAACUAACUAUUUAAAGGUCUGCGGUCGCAAAUGGUUUGACUAAACGUAGGAUGGGACUUAAGUUGAACGGCAGAUAUAUUUCACUGAUCCUCGCGGUGCAAAUAGCGUACCUGGUGCAGGCCGUGAGAGCAGCGGGCAAGUGCGAUGCGGUCUUUAAGGGCUUUUCGGACUGUUUGCUCAAGCUGGGCGACAGCAUGGCCAACUACCCGCAGGGCCUGGACGACAAGACAAACAUCAAGACCGUGUGCACAUACUGGGAGGAUUUCCACAGCUGCACGGUCACAGCCCUUACGGAUUGCCAGGAAGGGGCGAAAGAUAUGUGGGAUAAACUGAGAAAAGAAUCCAAAAACCUCAACAUCCAAGGCAGCUUAUUCGAACUCUGCGGCAGCGGCAACGGGGCGGCGGGGUCCCUGUUCCCGGCGCUCCCCGUGCUCCUGGUGUCUCUCUCGGCAGCUUUAGCGACUUGGCUUUCCUUCUGAGCGCGGGGCCGGCUCCCCCCGCGCGCCCACCCACACUCACUCCAUGCUCCCGGAAAUCGAGAGGAAGAUCCAUUCGUUCUUUGGGGACGUUGUGAUUCUCUGUGAUGCUGAAAACACUCAUAUAGGAUUGUGGGAAAUCCUGAUUCUCCUUUUGAUUUCGUUUGAUUUCUUGUGUUUCAUUUGCCAAACGUUACCAAUCAGUGAGCAAGCAAGCACAGCCAAAAUCGGACCUCAGCUUUAGUCGGUCUUCACACAAAAAUAAGAAAACGGCAAACCCACCCCAUAUUUUUUUUAAUUUUUAAUUUUUAUUUUUGGCACAAGUAUCUCAGGAACGGCCCUGGGCCACCUACUAUAUUAAUCAUGUUAAUACAUGACAAAUGAUGGGCUCCUCCUAAUAAGAAAGAGAGGAGAGGAGAAGGCCAGGGGAAUGAAUUCAAGAGAGAUGUCCACGAGGAAAGCAUAUGGUGAAUAACUCACGCUCACGUCUUUCUUCCACAGUAUCUUGUUUUGAUCAUUUUCACUGCACAUUUCUCCUCGAGGAAAGUGAAAGGACAGAUUGUUGGCUUUGUGGUUUAAGGAUAGGAGGGAGAGAGGGAAGGGAUUGAGGAAAUCUCGGGUGUCUAGGUAAAGGCUUCCAGAAGAAUCGCUGCUAAAGUCACUGAGAGGUUAAGCUUUACCUGCUGUUGUCGACGCAUCUUUCCAAGUCCACUGCCUUUAUUUUCCCUCUUGUUUUAGCUGUUACACAUACUGUAAUACCUGAAUAUCCAACGGUAUAGAUCACAAAGGGGGGGUGUGUGUUAAAUGUUAAUCUAAAAUAUAGUUAAAAAAAGAUUUUGACAUAAAAGAGCCUUGAUUUUAAAAAAAAAAAAGAGAGAGAGAUGUAAUUUAAAAAGUUUAUUAUAAAUUAAAUUCAGCAAAAAAAAGAUUUGCUACACAGUAUAGAGAAGUAUAAAAUAAAAGUUAUUGUUUGAAAUG